AUGCUUUAUCAUCUUGAUGGUCGGAAUACAUUUACUAUUCCUCAUUGGACUGAAAUUUAUGUAAUUAUUACUGUUUCAACUAUGCUUUGUGAAGAAGCUCGAAGACUCUAUUAUGAAUAUGAUACACGCAUGACUGAACGAUGGGGCUCAACUGGGUCUGCUAUUUUAACAGUGUUGUCGAAUAUAUUUUAUAUUAUGCCUUAUAUUCUUUUCUAUUUUGGUCUUGGUUUUCGAUAUGGUAGUUAUAAUGAAGAUUUACUUACUACUGCAAGAAUUGUUUGGGCACUUGAUCUUGAACUAUGGUAUCUUCGAUCACUUAAAUUUGUUAUGGCUUUAAAGUUUGUAGGUCCAAAAUUAUUUAUGUUAAAAAAUAUGCUUCGGGAUUUAUUUGCUUUUGUCUAUAUGGUUUUUAUAGCACUAACUGCUUAUGGAGUUGUAUCUCGAGCAUUGAUUCUUUAUAAAAAAGUACCAUUUACUGGUUAUGGUAUUCUUAGUCAAGUUUUCUAUGAACCAUAUUGGUUUAUUUAUGGAGAAGUGUCGGAUAAAGACUUACUUGAUAAAAUAAUUAACAAUGAUAAUGUUAGUACAACAGCAAAUGGUGCAGAAGCGACAGCAACGCAUGUUUUGCUGGCAUUUCAUAUGUUAUUUAUUAAUAUUCUCUUACUCAAUUUGAUAACUGCGGUUUUUACCCAUUCAAUUGAUGAAGUUCGAGAAAAUACAGAUUUUUAUUGGCGUUAUCAACGUUAUUCAUUUGUAAGAGAAUAUUUUGAACGUUUGCCAUUAUCUUAUCCUCCAUUAAUUGCAAUUUCACAUAUCAUAUUACUUUUUUUGACUAUUCGACGUAUAUGUUGCUCGAAAUUUGGUCGAAAUCGAGUGACCACUAAAAAUUAUGUACCAUUGUCAAAAAAGUUCACACGUGUCUUUAAAAUGAUUCCUACGGAUGAUUCACAAAAUGAACAAUGGGAUUCUUUUGAAAAUGCUGCAACGUAUAGUUAUGCUCGCUUGGUAUUAGAAAAAAAAUAA